GAGGGAAGGCGGAGAUGGUCGCCUUCUGAGCAUGCUCAGGUGGCUCCCGGCUCGCUUCUCACCUGCGGCACAGCACAGAAAGAGACGGAGUAGAAAAGGGGAAGGGGAGCGCACGCGCGAGGCCAGAAUGUUGCCCUUCACUGACUGGAUCCUGGAGAAACUGGCUCUCGAGAAGACCCUGUUCCGGACCAUGGCUGUCUCCAGCCUCUGGCUUUUGCUGCUGGCUUUGCUCUUCCGUUCACUUACAGACGCCUUUGGCAUGUGCCACCGCUUUUACGUUAACUGCCAGAGAUUGCGUUGCUUCCCAGAGCCCCCGCGUCGCAACUGGCUCCUAGGGCACCUCAACCUGGCACGAAGCAACGAGGAAGGGCUGCAGGAUGCCGCGCAGCUGACUGCCCAGUACGGGCAGAUCUGUGUCUGGUGGUUUGGUCCCUGGGUUCCAAUUCUGAGGCUUUUCCAUCCAGAGACCAUCGGUCCUGUGCUCCGGGAAUCAGCUUCUGUUGCUCCCAAAGACAAACUCUUCUACGGCUUCUUGAAGCCUUGGCUUGGCGAUGGACUACUUCUGAGCGGUGGAAAGAAGUGGGGACGACAUCGGCGGAUGCUCACCCCGGCUUUUCAUUUUGACAUCCUGAAGCCUUACAUGAAAUUCUUCAACCAGAGCACAGACAUCAUGCACGCCAAGUGGCGCAGGUUGACCUCGGCAGGCCCGGCCUCCAUUGACAUGUUUGAGCACAUCAGCCUCAUGACUUUGGACAGCUUGCAGAAAUGUGUCUUCAGCUACGACAGCAACUGCCAAGAGAAAUCAAGUGACUACAUUGCUGCCAUCUUGGAACUCAGCAAUCUUGUCGUGCUGCGGCAGCAUGCCCUGAUCCACCAUUUUGACUGGCUCUACUAUCUAUCGACGAACGGCCGCCGCUUCCGCCGUGCAUGUGACACUGUGCACCGCUUCACAGCCAAUGUGAUUCAGCAGCGACGAAUGGCACAUAGCCGCUUGGGGGAUGAUGCCUGGCUCAAAUCCAAGCAAGGCAAAACCGUGGACUUCAUUGAUGUUCUUUUGUUAGCAAAGGAUGAAGAGGGUCAUCACUUGUCUGAUGCUGACAUCACAGCUGAAGCUGACACCUUCAUGUUUGAAGGCCACGACACGACAGCAAGCGGCUUGUCCUGGGUGCUGUACAACCUGGCUCGACAUCCCAACUACCAAGACCAGUGCCGGGAAGAGAUUCAGAAUCUGCUGCGAGGCCGGGAGACAGAGGAGAUUGAAUGGGAAGACCUGUCCCAGAUGCCUUUCACCACCAUGUGCAUUAAAGAGAGCUUGCGCCUCCACCCACCAGUCACGGCCGUUUCCCGCCGCUGCACCGAGGAUGUGAAACUGCCUGAUGGAAAGAUCAUCCCCAAAGGGAAUAUCUGCCUGGUCAGUAUCUUCGGAACCCAUCACAACCCCGCCGUCUGGCCAGAGCCUGAGGUCUAUAACCCACACCGCUUUGAACCGAAGGCCUUGCAGAACCAGUCGCCGCUGGCCUUCGUGCCCUUUUCAGCGGGACCCAGGAACUGCAUCGGGCAGAACUUUGCUAUGUCGGAGCUGAAGGUGGCCCUGGCCUUGACCCUGCUGAGGUUUGUGGUGAGGCUGGAUGAGAGCCAAGCCGUGCGCCGUUUGCCAGCAUUAAUUCUACGGGCAGAAAAUGGACUGUGGCUACAGGUGGAGCCAGUGCGUACCCAGCAAUGAUCGGGGAGAUGCAGAAGAUUGGAAGUCUCUGAUCCAGUUUCAGCCUGCACCGUAAUGUGCAAAGAGAUUUAUGGUGGCCAGAGAGCCCUCUGCCUCAAACGACAUGGAAGGCACGACUCAAUUGUCUUUGCCUCUGAGCCCUCGUUUCCGUCUUGCCUUCGUGAAGGCGCUAGCAAUAAUUUUGUGCUACAUUAAAGAUGAAGUGUCUUGACCAUAAAA